AAAGACAAAAGGAUGUUUAAGUGCUGGUCAGCUGUUUUUGUUCUUGGAAUCAUGUUUCUGGAGUCAGAAGGAAGGCCAACCAAAGAAGUAGGAUAUGGCUUUAAAUCCUACCAACCUCUAAUAAGACUCCGACACAAGCAGGAAAAGAGACAAGAAAGCUCAAGAAUGAAAGGAUUCUUGCUGCAGGAUAGCCCUCUAGGAUCCUGUGAAAAUAAAUACUGUGGUUUGGGAAGGCAUUGUGUUGUCAGCAGAGAGACUGGGAAAGCAGAAUGUGCUUGCAUGGACCUAUGCAAACGGCACUACAAACCUGUGUGUGGAUCUGAUGGAGAAUUCUACCAAAACCACUGUGAAGUACACAGAGCAGCUUGCCUGAAGAAACAAAAGAUUAUCAUUGUUCACAAUGAAGAUUGCUUCUUUAAAGGAGAUAACUGCAAACCCACUGAAUACAACAAGAUGAAAAACAUGCUCUUAGAUUUACAAAAUCAAAAAUAUAUUACACAAGAAAAUGAAAAUCCUAACAAUGAUGAAAUUUCUCUGAAGAAGUUGUUGGUGGAUCAAAUGUUUAAAUAUUUUGAUGCUGACAGUAAUGGACUUAUAGAUAUUAAUGAACUAACUCAGGUGAUAAAACAGGAAGAACUUGGCAAGGAUCUUUCUGAUUGUACUUUGUAUGAUCUACUUAAAUAUGAUGAUUUUAACUCUGACAAGCACCUGGCUCUUGAAGAAUUUUAUCGAACAUUUCAAGUUAUCCAGUUGAGUCUGCCUGAAGAUCAGAAAUUCAGCAUAACUGCAGCAACUGUGGGACAAAGUGCUGUGUUGAGCUGCGCAAUCCAGGGGACCUUGAGACCCCCCAUCAUCUGGAAACGGAAUAAUAUCAUCCUAAAUAAUUUAGAUUUGGAAGAUAUCAAUGACUUUGGAGAUGAUGGGUCCUUAUACAUUACUAAGGUUACUACAACUCACAUGGGCAAUUACACCUGUUAUGCAGAUGGCUAUGAACAUAUCCAUCAGACUCACAUCUUCCAAGUGAAUGUUCCUCCAGUAAUACGAGUGUAUCCUGAGAGUCAGGCAAGAGAACCUGGAGUAACUGCCAGUCUUAGAUGCCAUGCAGAAGGCAUACCCAACCCUCAACUUGGGUGGUUGAAGAAUGGCAUUGAUAUUACACCAAAGUUGUCCAAACAACUCACACUUCAAGCAAAUGGCAGUGAAGUUCAUAUAAGCAAUGUGCGUUAUGAAGACACUGGAGCAUAUACUUGUAUCGCGAGGAAUGAAGCAGGAGUGGAUGAAGACAUCUCCUCUCUUUUUGUGGAAGAUUCUGCUAGAAAGACACUAGCUAACAUAUUAUGGAGAGAAGAAGGUCUUGGAAUUGGGAACAUGUUCUAUGUUUUUUAUGAAGAUGGAAUCAAAGUGAUACAACCAAUAGAAUGUGAAUUUCAGAGACAUAUUAAACCUAGUGAAAAACUGCUUGGAUUUCAGGAUGAAGUAUGUCCCAAAUUAGAUGGCAAUGAAGUUCAAAAGUGUGUGUGGGCCUCAGCUGUGAAUGUCAAAGACAAGUUCAUAUAUGUUGCUCAGCCAACUUUGGACAGAGUUCUUAUUGUUGAUGUGCAGUCCCAAAAAGUUGUUCAGGCAGUAAGCACAGAUCCUGUCCCUGUGAAAUUACACUAUGACAAAUCCCAUGACCAAGUCUGGGUGCUAAGCUGGGGAACUCUGGAAAAGGAUUCUCCAACACUGCAAGUAAUAACACAGGCUAGUGGAAACAUGCCUCAUCACACCAUCCACACACAACCUGUGGGAAAGCAAUUUGAUCGAGUGGACGAUUUUUUCAUCCCCACAACAACACUGAUCAUUACUCAUGUUAGGUUUGGAUUCAUUCUUCACAAAGAUGAAGCUGCACUGCAUAAAAUUGAUCUUGAAACCAUGUCAUACAUCAAAACAGUUAACUUAAAAGACUACAAGUGCAUUCCUCAGUCUUUGGCAUAUACACACUUGGGUGGCUACUACUUCAUUGGCUGCAAAGCCGACAGCACUGGAGCAAUUCCACCACAACUCCUGGUGGAUAGUGUAACUGACUCAGUCAUUGGAUCCAAUAGCGAUGUGACUGGCAGUCCUUAUGUCUCUCCAGAUGGACACUAUCUUGUCAGCGUUAAUGAUGUAAAAGGGCUUGUGAGAGUCCAGUACAUCACCAUCAGAGGAGAGAUACAGGAAGCUUUUGAUAUCCAUACAAACCUGCACAUAUCUGAUGUGGCAUUCCAGCCAUCCUUUACUGAAGCCCACCAAUACAACAUCUAUGGUAGUUCUAGCGCACAAACUGAUGUCCUCUUUGUGGAGCUCUCCUCUGGAAAGGUUAAGAUGAUAAAGAGCCUUAAGGAGCCCCUCAAUGCAGAAGAAUGGCCGUGGAGCCGGAAAAACAGGCAAAUCCAGGACAGUGGCUUGUUUGGUCAAUACCUGAUGACACCUUCUAAGGAUUCUCUCUUUAUACUAGAUGGACGGCUCAAUAAAUUAAACUGCGAGAUCACUGAAGUUGAGAAAGGAAAUACAGUCAUUUGGGUUGGUGAAGCCUAGAACCCCUCCUAGAUCACUAUUGAAUGAAGAGUUUUCCGGUACAUUGCACUUAAUUGUUUGAAUUUGCAAUCUAACUUUUCAAGUUUAUAUCCUAGUCAAACAAAAGUUGAUUAGCCCAAAUGAGAUUUAGAAUUUUUUUGGCAAAGACAUACAAAUUGGUAAUAUUUACUAGUCUUAUUUACUAUAAUAUUUAAUAGGUCAAUAUCAAUUGCAAAGCUUUACAUCAAUGAAAUAAGAAUUUAAAUACUUAAAUUUAUCUCAACUGCAGGGAAUUUCAGAUGACUUUAAACACUGUUUUAUUUUGAGGGUGGUUUGUCUAUUAUUUUUCUCUGUCUUUUUUUUUUGGUAUGCUUAAAUCAGAAAUCAAAGGUCUUGUGAAAUCUGAAAAUUCUUAAUUCAAAAUAUUCUAUCCCAUACACUGUUUAUAAUCUUUUGUGCCUUGAAGGAAAUGUCACAGAGGAAAUGGAAGGCUAAAAGCUGCAUAAUGAAUACUCUCACAACUAUAAAUUUUUUGCCAUUAAAAUAGAAUAGUUUAAUAUCUCUUCCACCAAAUUCUGCCUUUAGUCAUUUAUUUAACCCUUACUGAAAUGUCAUUUGAAAGCAUACAUUGGCCUUAGGUUGUGCACAGGUGAUUAACUCCAUUUGACACUUAAAAAUAGUAUAACCUGCAGCAUACUAUGGUAAAUGGGAAGUUAGGGAGGAAACAUUAUAGCAAAAAAAGUAGCAAUGUAGUCUCCACUCAUUUGUUUAAUCACUGAUGUACAUUAUUAUGUUUAGUGGAAAUUUUGUCUGGGAUGUCAUCUGCUUACAGGUGUUUAUUAUCAGAGUAGCUCUUUUUUCCUUUUCAGUAAUAGUUCAUUACUCUAAGAAUAACUUUCACUUCUAAAAAUGUGACCUGCAUAUCUGCCUGUUUAAAGUAAACUACAUACAGAAAAAUUAACACCAGGAACUAAAAGAAAUAAAAUGAAAUGGAUGCAAGAAUUGUUAAGAAUUCAUGGUUAAGGAGAACUGUAAUAAAUAAAAAUAAGAUGGAUCCACAGUGGUGAGUCAAGACAUAUUUUUGUUGCCAUUAUUAUUUAAAUAUAACCAUCAAUGAAUGUCAUUCCUUAAUAAUGCUCCCUAAUGACUUCUGUUCAUGUCCUGUAUAAUCCGUAAAUGACCCUCUCACUAUGUACUGUACUUCUGAACCUGACUAAUCCUCUUAUUUGAGAUACUGCAUAGAAGUCAAAAUUAUUGUUUCUUUUAUUUUAAAGGGAAAAGUAAAUGCAGUAGCUUUGGCUUAAAACUGGAGAGUUGGUUUACUAAAAUAAGCAGAUAAUUAUCCAGGCUUAAAGUAAUAGCUUAGAAUCUUUUCACUUUUUUUUUAGUGUUGCUAAAAAUGCAAGUGGGCUGGUGAAAUGACCUCCAUUUACAGAAGGCAAUCCAAUAAGGUCUUUUUUAAAUACAAAUUUUAUUCAAGUUUAAAUUGUGUAAAACUGCUUAGAAACAUGAAAUUUUAUAGUAUGUAAUAUCUUAUGUAUAUAUAUAGCAUCCUAAGCUGUGUGAUAGAGUAAAUUUCUUCUUAGCUUAAGGAAACAUCAUGGGAGAUAUAUUUAAUAACAAACACAAAUCUGCUUAUGUUUCUUCUGAUUAAAUUUGCUUUUCUUUUCAGCAAUUUUCUCCCUUGUGAACAUGAACCAUAUAAAGUGUCUGUAACCCAAUGAUUUAAUGUAAAUCCAUCUCAUAUAUUCUUCUUUGAUAGUUUACACUAUGUGGAUGCUUUGUCUGUAGACACUGCUUGAAAAAGAAUAAACCUCUUACAUUUUAA